GCAUGGAGGACGUAUUGCCAGUUGGAGGAGAAAAUGAUACAAAUAUGAAAAUAAAGUCACUUUGGGAUUAAAAUCAGCCUCUUUGACGCGAUCUGCGGACUCAUAUGCUUCUGUGAGGACACGAAGAGCGCGAACAUCCGGACGAGAUGUUCGGCCUCCAUCUGCGACUGAGGCUUCAGUCUGGAGCUGUGGUUCACGCUGUGGCCCGCCACAAUGUCCACAAACUGGCCUCGCUUCACAGCGUCACGGCGCUCCCUCAGAAGAAGAUGAGAAACUUAUUAUACCCGCUGAGUGAGCUGGAGGCCUACCUGCACAGGUCUGUGGACAGGACACAGUUCCAGCUCUUCCAGCCCAGCGUGGAGGACAUGGCCGAGGCCGAGAAGCUCUUCUGCUCCUCGCCGGCUCACAAGAUCGAUUACUACACCUCUGCAGAGAGGAUGGAGCACGCUCCCGCUCUCAAACAGCCGGAGGUGUGUUUUAUCGGCAGGAGCAACGUGGGAAAGUCGUCUCUCAUCAAAGCUCUGUUCUCCCUGACUCCUGAGGUGGAGGUCCGGGUCUCGAAAACCCCUGGUCACACUAGGAAGAUGAACUUCUUCAGAGUGGGCAAAGCCUUCACCGUCAUCGACAUGCCAGGCUACGGCCACCGAGCGCCCAAGGACUUCGUGGACAUGGUGGAGCCGUACCUGUACACCAGGAAAAACUUGGUGAGGACCUUCCUGCUGGUCGAUGGCAGCGUCGGUCUUCAGAAGGCCGACAUGAUCGCCCUGGAGAUGUGCGAGGAGACCCGCAGUCCAUACGCGGUCGUCGUGACGAAGAUGGACAAGUGUGGCGUCGGGGUUCUGCUGACGAACCUGCUGAAUCUUCAGCGCGUGGUGGAAACUCAGACCAGCAGCUGCUUCCCGCAGCCGUUCCUCAUCAGCUCGCUGCACUUCAGUGGGAUCUACCUGCUGCGGUGCUUCAUCGCUCAUGUGACGGGCAGCGUGACGUUAAAGGACACCUGUAAGAGCUGACCCGGUCUGGCUCGGACCGGUUCAGAGAGGCUCUGUGAGGGCGGCUGCAGCGACGCCCACCCGGCACAAACGAGACAUUCGUGGAAGAGCAACAAGUUGAAGGAUCUGGGAAAGACAGUAGAGGUCAAAGUGACCUCUGUGUUCGACAAAAUAAGAAUUCCAGGAGAAGGUGGUGACAUGUGGGAGUGUGGAGAGGAGGUCAGGCUGUGGCCCAGAAAACUAGAGGAAGGAGUUGAGCCAACAGGCCUCGAACAUGACUGCAUGUCAGCAAACACGGACCGUACUCAGAGAGGGCUGUUUUUUUACAUUUCAGUCACAUUAGAGCCACCGGGCAGAAAUGGACGAUGGAGGGGAAGCAAGUAUCAGAGGGGAAGGUCUCCGUGUGAGGUGUGAGGGCUCGCCCAUACGCUGCCAUUCAGCCUCAUGAAGACAUUUAUGUUUUGAAGCUUUUGCCUCAAAUGCUUCAUAUCAUCUUCAUCUGUGUUUCCGCCUCUGCUCACUUUGUUGGAAAAGAGCUGUUGAAUUCUAACACUCUGAGUCCUUCACUGUUACUUGUGGAUCUGCUUGAACAUGUGCAGAAAGUACCAGUAUUUGCCCUGACAUUGCUUCAUUUUGAAAAUGUUGCACUUAUGUAACUUUUUUUCAGCGAGAGAAACGUUUCCUGUUUCCAUUUUGAAGACGACGUGCAAACGCAUCGUAAUCCCGAGACUGUGGAAAGUGUGAAGCUUGACGGGGCAGAUUGUUAUCAGGCCGAUGACUGGAUUUCCUGUCAUGCUCGCUCUCUGCAGUCAUUUGUCCGCAUAACUGAACGAGGCUGGCUUGACCCAAAGUAACAUUACCGGCCGGAUCAGGUCAGAUGGCAGCGAACGUGUAGAGACAAAUGAAACAUUUUAGCUUCUGCCCAGAGAUUGACUGUUUGCUCCUGUUGUCACUCCAAAGACUUUUAAAGGACUGUUUUAUUGGUUUCAGCCAUAGAAAUUACUCAUGUAAGAUUUUCAUGAAGUUAUUUUGCGUUUAACCUCUUUAAGAUUUCUUCCAAAAUUUGAAAGGUGAUGGAAAAAAGUCAUUAUGACCCCCUUUCGGGCCCCACCCCACACUUUGACAACCACUGAUUUCAGAUAAGAUAACGAUGUUGCUUGGUUUACUGUGUCUACACAGAAUGUGCUACCUUGUGUGUGUAUAUAUUUAUAUAUAUAAAAGUCA